AUGGAGCUCCAGUACCUGGAAGUCCCCCUAGCACCCGAAGGCAGCGGUGGAUGUCACAGCUGCAGGCGUGCCCAGCUGGAAGAUCUCCUUGGACAAGUAACUAUGUUACAAGAGGAGCUCGACAGGCAGCACAGUAUCCGGGAACGCGAGCAGGAGAUUGAUGCGUGGUCGGAUCCCUCCGCGCCCCGAGGGCACGCAAACUCCCUGAGCCCCGGUAAGCACCAGGUCGACGAGGGCGGACCCGCCAAGGGGCGGGGACAAGCGAAAACGACAGACGAGACAGCCAAUCGAGACGCGGGAUCGGCCGGCGGCGAUCUGGCGGCCCAACGGGCGCCGCGGAGGGCCUGGCCGAGUGGAGGAAGCGCGGGGGCGACAAUGGGCCUUGUCGUGGCUGACGAGAUUAUUGGGGCGCGGGCCGUCCGGCCCGGUGGCGCCACUACUGUCUUCGGAAAGGUCAUCGGCAAGGCGCUUCCCGCCAACGUCAUCUACGAGGACGAGGAGUGCCUUGCGUUCCGUGAUCUUUCACCCCAAGCUCCGACGCUUUUCCUAGUCAUGCCUAAGGAGCCAAUUAUCAGGUUAUCUGAAGCGGAAGAUUCUGGUGAAUCUCUUCUUGGGCAUUUAAUGAUUGUUGGCAAGAAGCGUGCUGCUCACCUGGGCCUGACCAAUGGAUUCCGGAUGGUUGCGGAUGAAGGGCCCGAGGGUGGGCAGUCUGUCUGUCACGUACGUCUACGUAUUCUGGGUGGCUGUCAGUUGGGCUGGCCGCCUGGCUAAGAUUUUUGCACCGCAAGAGUUGCUGCACGUGUACAAAUCGCCACUGAAUGGAUUUCGUCUGUUGCCCGUCAGUCUAGCCACUGUUGAUGUCUAAUUUUCUGUGACGUGUGUCUGUGGAAGGUAAUAAAAGCUUUGAGCAGCAGUUGCACAAUAAAGAUUUAGCAUGGGGAUAUCA